GGUAGUGCCCUAGGAGUAGGGAAAUCGAAAAAUGUCUGGCAGAUGCGCUUUCUUUUGGUAAGCCUGGGGGUCGAGGGGAAGGCGGUUGCCUGCGCACCGCCCCCCUCCCCGCCCCAUCGAGGCCCUGGGCGGAGAGCGCCGUGGCCUUACAGGCCUCCCCCGGUUUCGUUUGCUCGCUGGCCUUGGCCUGGGUUAGGGGACAACUGCCCUUCCCCCGUGGCAGCGCUGCAGAGCAGGUCCGGCCGCCGCCUCGGCGUCAGCAGCGAGCCCAGCUCGUCUACGUCCCUCUCCCGCAGCCGUGCUCUCCAAUUCGAUGGCCGCGGCUGUGAGCCUGCUCGCCUUUAGGGCUCGGGUGCCCGGCCGCCUCCUGAGCUGCGGGCGGGCUCUGCUCUCCUCCAGCGCCUGCAGUCGGGGAGCUGCCGGAGCCAGGCAGCCUCAGCCGGAACAGCGGCUCACCAGCUGCCGGCAGCUGGAUGGCAUCAGGACCAUUAUCCUGAAUAAUCCAAAGAAAAGAAAUGCUCUGUCAUUACAUAUGCUGAAAUCUCUCCGAAAUGACAUUCUCCAUGAUGCUGAAAGCAAAGAUCUAAGAGUCAUUAUCAUUUCAGCUGAGGGUCCUGUAUUUUCCUCUGGCCAUGAUUUAGCGGAACUUUCUGAUGAGCAAAGCCAGGAUUACCAUGCUGAAGUAUUCCAUACAUGUGCUGAGGUCAUGAUGCUAAUCCAGAAACACCCUGUUCCCAUCAUUGCCAAAGUGAAUGGCUUGGCCACUGCUGCGGGUUGUCAGCUGGUUGCAAGUUGUGACAUUGCACUGGCAAGUGAAAAAUCCCAUUUUGCAACUCCUGGUGUGAAGGUAGGCCUCUUCUGCUCCACUCCAGCAGUUGCCCUGGGGAGAGCAGUUCCUAGAAAGGUUGCCUUGGAAAUGCUCUUUACUGGGGAACCCAUCACAGCCCAGGAAGCAUUGCUUCAUGGGCUGCUCAGCAAAGUGGUACCAGAAGAGAAGCUGGAGGAGGAGACCAUGAGAAUAGCCAAAAAGAUCUGUACAGUGAGCCGGUCUGUUGUGGCAAUGGGUAAAGCCACCUUCUACAAGCAGCUGCCUCAGGACAUCAAGACAGCCUACUAUCUCACUUCUCAAACCAUGGUGGACAAUUUGGCCAGUCAGGAUGGGCGGGAGGGAAUAUCAGCCUUCCUUCAGAAGCGCAAGCCUGUAUGGUCAAACUCUUAGGCUAGAAUCACUGGAGGCAUCUGGAAGAAAGGAAAGCAGUCUGGCAAAGCCAAAAACCUCCAUGAUUUUAUAAUGAUGCUUUUGGAGGGGGGAAAAAAUCUUCUUAUCUACAAUGUCUUAUACGUGAGCUUUUGGGUUUGAUUUGACAGUGGAGGCUUUAGAAGUUCCACUGUAGACUUCUCUCCCCUUCUUCCCAACCCAGAUCUGCCUCUAUUUCCCUGGCACAAUGACGUAUUGUCCUGUGAGACAGAGGGCAGUGUUGAAAAAGUUGAAAUUAGUGUGACUGCAAUUUAUUUCAUUUUAAAGAUUCUAAUUCCAUAGGUUCUGACAUACAGAUGAAUAAUAAAAAUGAAACGUUAUUUGGAAGAGCAAAAUGUGAUAAAAAAUUAUUGAAUGCCUACUAGUUCUACAAAGUGGGGAAUUCGACUUUACUCAAAGGAAUUUGGAGGAGCAAAGAAAGGCAGUAAUCUAAGGAAAGGGUGCAAGGAAAUUUAAAAAAAAGGAAGAUUCAUGAUGUUCUUGUAGUCCUAUAAAGUUGAGUUGACUGGAGUUGUCUUUAAACGAAACAGAUUGAUGAUGUCCCUGAGAUAAGAUGCAAGGGGUGCUGGAAAUCUCCACACUAAAAAUUUCUAUCAUUCCACUGAGAUGUUUGAACUUUGAUCUUUCCCUCUUCUCCUGGUAUAUCUCCCCCAGGUUUCAAGUUUAAAAUGCAACAGGCACUCAUGAGCUUUAAAAUCCAAUUUAAUAAAAAAAAAUUCAAUUAAAAACUGUUUUACUAAUAAACAUAUUAAAAGAACAAAAACAUUUUAAAAGAAUAUAAAAUGUUUCCUUCUUGGAAUCGGUAUAGCAAAAGGUCAGCAAAGAUGCCCCCAAAGUACAAGGAAUCAGGGUGGAGUUUCUGACAAAUUCCCCAGGAUCAGCUUUUAUACUUCAAAGGGCAGAAAUAUCCCUUCUCCCUUUUUAAAGAGCCUGCUUUGUUCACCUGGAGGCACUUGGCUCCAAGCAUGUACAAUAUUGGGCAGGGCUAACCACAGAAAGGGGCAGCUAGCUAGCUAGAGUACUAGGCUUAAAAUCAGGAAAACCUGAGUUCAAAUCCAGCCUCAGGUACCUACUAGAUGUGUGACCCUGGGCAUGUCAC